AUGUCAGCCAGAAAGGGCUAUCGGCUCCCUUCGCCAAAUUAUUCCACAACAAUGUCAUGCUCAGAGAGCCCGGCUGCAAACUCUUUUUUGGUAGACUCCUUGAUCAGCUCAGGCAGAGGGGAAGGAGGAGGAGGAGGCGGAGGAGGAGGAGGCGGCGGCUACUAUCCCAACAGUAGUGUCUUUUUGCCACAGGCGUCCGAUUUGUCCUAUGGGUUGCAAAGCUGCGGACUUUUCCCAGUUUUGAGCAAACGCAAUGAAGGUGCUGCUCAAAGCAUGGUCCCCACUUCUCAUCCCUACAUGUCAGGGAUGGAGGUCUGGCUAGAGCCCCCAAGAUCCUGUCGCCUGGAAGAGCCUGAAACCCAGCAGGCUACCUCCUGCUCUUUUGCUCAAAACAUUAAAGAGGAGAACUCUUACUGCCUCUAUGAUUCAGACAAAUGUCCUAAAGGUGCAGCUGCCACAGAUCUAUCUACUUUUCCAAGGCUAAACGCUGAGGUCUGUCCCAUGAACAACGCUAGUGGGGUUCCUGUCCCAGGCUACUUCCGCUUGUCUCAAGCUUAUGGCACUUCCAAGAGCUACAAUGCUGGGCAGGUUGUUGCUUCCCAGUUCACACCGCAGCCCCAAGUUCGUUUUGAUGCGGCUCCAUCUUUGCCUUCAGUCCCAACAGAAGCGGGGAGGACAGAGACCGAGGAGGUUUCCCCCAACACCUUGGCUUGCGUCUCCCAGAGGGAGGAAGACGCCCAGGCUUCGUCUUCGGCCGCAGAAGAACUCUCCCCAGCUCCGUCAGAAAGCAGCAAACACUCUCCUGAGAAAGAACCCAUAGGCAAUUCAAAAGGAGAAAAUGCAGCAAACUGGCUAACCGCAAAAAGUGGCAGAAAGAAACGAUGCCCCUAUACCAAGCACCAAACUCUCGAGCUGGAAAAGGAGUUUCUAUUCAAUAUGUACCUGACUCGUGAGCGUCGCCUAGAGAUCAGCCGCACAGUCCACCUAACAGACAGACAAGUUAAAAUCUGGUUUCAGAACCGCAGAAUGAAACUGAAGAAAAUGAACAGAGAGAAUAGAAUUCGGGAGCUCACAGCCAACUUUAAUUUUUCUUGA